UUUUUUUUUUCUCUUCUUUUGAGUGGGUGACAUAUAUUUGCACAAGAGUGGUGGUCCGAUGCAUUCGUAACUGUAGAGAGAGAUUGAGACUCGGAGAUAUGGCAAGGAAUUUUUGUUUUUUUUAAAAAAAAAAAAAAAAUAUGAAUGAAAGAGGAAUAAGUAGCGAUGAUAGAUGAAUGAUGUCGAUGGCGGUGAUGAUGCGGAGAAGAUUGGGUGCUCUACUCUUUAGAGAAGUGAAUAAGGGUGGUGGGUGGGGAUCGAUCCCUGCUGUUGUGACCGGGACAAGCAGCUAUUUUUCCUGGCAGGGGCAGCCGCGGCGGCCAUGGUCGCUUCUCUUCUCGACUGCAACAGCAGCCGUCCCCAGCGGUAGCUGUGGUGAAAAUAAUAGAAGUAAUGGUGAGAAAGGAAAAGAAGGAGGGGGAAUAUCUGUUGAGGAGGCGAAGAAGCUGUUGAGAUUGGUGAAUGUGGAGGCGUUGAAAAGGAAAUUAAUUGGAUUGGAGGGUGGAGAGAGAGAGGUGAUUGCUUACUCAGAGCUGCUGGAGGUGAGCAAGAGCAUGGGGGUUGCCAGAUCAGAGGAUGAGGCCGCUGCCUUUGCCAAGGUACUCGAUGAGGCUGGCGUCAUCCUCCUCUUCAGAGACAAGGUCUAUCUCCAUCCUGAUAAGGUUGUGGAUCUUGUGACAAGGGCUGUGCCUCUCGCUUUAACGCCAGAGAAUGACCCGAGGAGGGAAGAGCUUAAUAAUCUUCUAAAGAAGAAGGAAGAGAUUGACAUGCUCGCCCACACCCAAGUUCGACGCAUCUUAUGGACAGGCUUGGGCAUCUUCGUAUUCCAGGUUGGGCUCUUCUUUCGCUUGACAUUUUGGGAGUUCUCUUGGGAUGUCAUGGAACCCAUUGCCUUCUUCACCACCACGACUGGUCUCAUCAUAGGAUAUGGCUACUUCCUCUUCACAUCCAAGGACCCCACAUACCAAGACCUCAUGAAGAGGCUCUUCCUUCAAAGACAGAGGAAACUCUUCAAGAAGCAGAACUUUGACUUAAAUCGGUUCAUGGAAUUAAAGAAGCAGUGCAAGUGUCCCCUAGACUCUAUUAGGGAGCUAGAAGAUACAAUACGUCAUUGACAUUCUCUCUUGUUGCAACAUUUCCAUUCCAUCCCUCUAAUGUCACCAGGCUAUAAUAUUCGGAUACCCUGGCUUCUAAUGUGAUUUUGUGACUUUUUUCUCUUAUUCUUUCUUUCCCCUUAGAUUUGAGUGUAGCAGGAAAGCAAUCACACAUAUGGCUGUUGAGAUGAGCUAUAAUUUCAACAAAAGGACACCAUUCUUGUUGACUAACUCAGUAUCGGUUUCUAGCUUGUGUAUGGAUAGAGGGUAAUUGAAUGUAUCAAUGGCAACUAAGAAGUAAUGGAUGGUUGCAUUUUGUAGCUUGAUCAUCUGAGUAAUUGUAAUAAAUAGGUUGAGGGCGUGGUAUUUGAUAGAGCAGAAUGGCAAAUCAGGAUUCGUGUAGCCAACCCCAAUUAAUUGGAAAAAGGCUAUGAUGAUGAUGAUGAUAAUGAUGAAGGCUGGGUAGAUGGGCUCUUGGUUUGCUUUAUUCUCUUGCAGCUUGUGAUCGGCUCUGCUCCCAUGAAUUUUCAUUUGGAGAGCAUAUAACUGCAAUUAGCAGUUGGAAAAGACUAAUAUUUAUGGUUCACUUAUCAUGUAUCUCUAUGCACAUUUGUUUGUAUGGA